GCCGCCCGGCCCGCCGGCGAUGGUGACAUAUGCGGCGGCGGCGAGCCGGCGGCAGGACCAUGGUUGAGCGCGCCAGCAAGUUCGUGCUGGUGGUGGCGGGCUCGGCGUGCUUCAUGCUCAUCCUGUACCAGUACGCGGGCCCGGGGCUCAGUCUGGGCGCGCCCGGUGGACGCGCGCCGCCCAACGACCUGGACCUCUUCCCCACGCCCGACCCGCACUACGAGAAGAAGUACUACUUCCCGGUGCGCGAGCUCGAACGCUCGCUGCACUUCGACAUGAAGGGCGACGACGUGAUUGUGUUCCUGCACAUCCAGAAGACGGGCGGCACCACUUUCGGCCGCCACCUCGUGCAGAACGUGCGCCUCGAGGUGCCCUGCGACUGCCGGCCCGGCCAGAAGAAGUGCACCUGCUACCGGCCCAACCGCCGGGAGACCUGGCUUUUCUCCCGCUUUUCCACCGGCUGGAGCUGCGGGCUGCACGCCGACUGGACCGAGCUCACCAACUGCGUGCCCGGCGUGCUGGACCGCCGCGACCCCGCUGCGCUGCGCACUCCCAGGAAGUUCUACUACAUCACUCUGCUGAGGGACCCUGUGUCCCGCUACCUGAGUGAGUGGCGGCACGUGCAGCGUGGCGCCACCUGGAAGACAUCGCUGCACAUGUGCGACGGGCGCACGCCCACACCCGAGGAGCUGCCACCCUGCUACGAGGGCACGGACUGGUCGGGCUGCACACUCCAGGAGUUCAUGGACUGCCCCUACAACCUGGCCAACAACCGCCAGGUGCGCAUGCUGGCCGACUUGAGCUUGGUGGGCUGCUAUAACCUGUCCUUCAUCCCCGAGGGCAAGCGAGCGCAGCUGCUGCUCGAGAGCGCCAAGAAGAACCUGCGGGACAUGGCCUUCUUCGGCCUGACGGAGUUCCAGCGCAAGACGCAGUACCUGUUCGAGCGGACGUUCAACCUCCAGUUCAUCCGGCCCUUCCUGCAGUACAACAGCACCCGGGCGGGCGGCGUGGAGGCGGGCGAGGACACCAUCCGCCGCAUCGAGGAGCUCAACGACCUGGACAUGCAGCUCUACGACUACGCCAGGGACCUCUUCCAGCAGCGCUACCAGUACAAGCGGCAGCUGGAGCGCCGGGAGCAGCGCCUGCGGAGCCGCGAGGAGCGCCUGCUGCACCGUGCCAAGGAGGCGCUGCCGCGGGAGGACGCCGAGGAGCCAGGCCGCGUGCCCACGGAGGACUACAUGAGCCACAUCAUCGAGAAGUGGUAGUGACGCCCAGCACAGGGCUCACACGGCGGGGACCGGGAGAGGGGCCCACCAAGGACACGAGCCAUGUUACCGAGAAGUCAUCACGGUGCCUGCUGCAGGGCCUUAUGGGAUAGGGGCCAGGAGAGGGGAGGGGGUGAUAGCAGACUGACAGACCCGCACACAAACGGGUCCCACACAGGACUUCCACUGAGAGAGGGCCCAGAUGUUUAACAGAUGGGUGCAUCCUGAAAAGAACAAGAGAGUGGGAUGGGACGGUGGGAGGGGGGGAAAAGAGUCUGUUUCUCCAAGGCCAGGGUUCUGACAAAUAAAUGUGGAAAUCCGGGAUGUCAGAGAAAGUCAUGCCUGAAAGGUGCGCGGUCAGGAAAGGUAGGUUCUCCCAGCUCUCCUGGCUCCCGCUCUCCGUCACAGCCAAGGUUUGAAGAAGACAAAAGACAGAGUGGACCUGCCAGGCCUAAGUGCACCAUGGGAGUGCGUGUGGUUGUGGCCAUGGAAAAAGCAGACACAGAUGGGGACUGAGUGGCCAAGCGAGGGCAGCUGUGCCGGGCCUGGGCCCUGCCUCCUCCCCCCUCAGCAGACGAGGCGGGUCAGUCCCCAGAGACCCGUACCAACUAUGCACUAACCUAUGCACAGCCCCCACCCUGUCCAGCAGUGGGGCUAUAGACCAGCUCCCAGCACUGCCCACCCCAACUGUCUCCUUGGCCUCUGUUGGUCCCAGUCCUCCAGGGCCUGUGUGACAUCCCCAACCCGGGAACCAUUGGAGGUGAAUGGAACUCCCGACACCUCCCCCAUCAUCCCCCAUCUGCAGCAGAGAAGAUGUGACCUCAGGCUCUGGAGAGGCUCACUUUGCCCACAGUCAUCAGACUGGGGAGAUGGGCCUACCCUGCACUGCUCCCCUUCUGGGCAGAAUGGGGUCCCAGGAGCGGGAAGGCUGUAGCCAGGGAAGCAGAGACCCAGACACGGAGGGCAGGGAGCUGCGGGUGCCCCCUCUGCAUUCUGGCACUCUGGGCUGGUGAGGGACAGCCUGGCUCUGAGCCCCAGCCACUUGGGCACUUACUCGAGGGCUUGUGUCUUAGCUUCCAUGGCCUGAGUGUAAAGUGCACCAUAGCACGGUGGGCUGGAGCACCUGGAACCGAGCUACUCACCAGAGCCACGCCCUGGGCCACAGGGGCCUGGGGGCUAGGCGGGACUCUGGCUUUCAGAGUGUCAACUAAGGCUGGAAGAAACGGUUCUGGGUGGCCUCCCUGGUGCCCACACACUCAGUCACCAUCCUCCAGGGCUGUCCCCCUAUUUCUCUGUCCCACCCCUCCACCCCCCGCACAAGGCAUUCUGGCCAUUCCCUCAGCCCUGAAGUCUACCUGAUGGCCCUAUGAGAAGCUGUGCUGUUUAUCACUUUAAAUGUGUUCCUGCACUCAUGCCCCUCCUGUCCCCCAACCCAUGCACCCACAGCUCCCCCACAUCCUCCCCUGCACCCUCGCCUCGGUGCUCAUCCCAUGUGUGUGCCCCACCCUUCUGCACUCUAGAGGCCAGGGCAGGGUCUCCUCCCAGAGUGCCCUCCUUACACGAGAGGCCCAAACCCUGGAUUUCCCGGAGCUGAGCAUGGAGAGGGGGCUCCAGGAGAGGAAGUGGGUGCACCCAAGGAGCGGGGGUACCACGGGGCUGCCUGGGGAGGGGCUCAUCCCUCCAGAGGCCCAGCCACCUUCCCUGCCCUGUUUUCCCUCCACCACCACCCCACCCCACUUUUACCACCAUGACUGAAGGGAUUGGAUAGUCACAGAAGUGGGGGCAGGGAGCCUCUAGUGCAAGCAGAGCUACCUGUUGUCAGGGAUGUUCCCCUCCAGGAAGCAGUUUUCACUGGUCCUUAUCUGGCCCAGAGGCCCCGCUCAGGGUGUGCCGCAUUGGCAGUCCCCCCCUUGCAGCCAGUGCAGGGCGUGAGGUCAGGCUGGGUGGGCACACUGCUGCCAGCACAGACACCUGGGGGUGGGCAGGUGGGUGGCACCGAGACGAGGGCUGGUGAGAUCGUGACCACGCUCAUUUAGAGGGACAUCAAGGUCUGCAUGGGGUGAACUUGCUCUGAGGCUUGUCUGGGGUCACAUGCUUAUGUAAAGGGGGUUCAGAAGGGCCCUGGUGUCUAGUAUAAGCCACCUGGGACCCUGGGAGCUGCUGGGGCCUCCUUCGAGGGUGGGGGGAGCAGAAGCUCCAUCCUUUUCUGCCUCACCCAGGCUCCCAGCUGCACCAGGCUCCUGAGCAGACCUGGCACGAUGUUUUGUACAUACUGGAACCUUUUUUAACUUAUGCCCCGUUGUCGCAGUUCACAGGGAAGCACAGGUCUCUCGAUUUUUUAGCUGCAUUGGGAAAACAGCCUGUCUCCUGCCAGCCCUGGCCAAGGUGCCCACCAAUGGUCCAGCUUGCAGAGCCUGCAGCACCUUAGCCCGUGCACACUGCAGAUCGCCUGCUUUGGGCGAAGGUACCCUGAUGCCUGCAGCAUCUCCUGGGGCACCACAGUGCAGCAGCCACCCUGGACCUGAGGACCCCGCCCACCCAGGCCUCUUGUAGGGGCCAUGAGGACAGAAGCAGAUGCUGAUUACCAGGCCACUCCCGGCACAGGCACAAACCCUGCAGAUGCUCCACUCCCAACUGGGGAACCAGAAGGCCAGAUGUGUCUGAGCAAGAAGGCUGUGAGCUUUUGCUCAAAUUGAGAGUGUUUCACUUGAACCCAGGGGCGUUUAAAGCUUUAUUUAUUUAUAGCUUCUUAUUAAAAGAAAAGUGUUGAGAAGAAAUCUUUUGGUUAUUCAUACGAAAAAAAAUUUAUUUGAUGAUGGAAAAGCAAGUCAUAAUCAUCUAAUUGUUUCUGUCUAGGUCGAGAAUGAGUGUUAGUGGAUGAAAUAAACCCUGAAAUAGAGCA